AGCAAGUUAGAAAUAUCACAAAUAUUCAGAAUAAAAUGGAACUAUCGUAGCUUCCCAAAUACUUUUAUGGAUUGAGAAAAAAAUAGAGAAAUGAAGAUAGUUUCCGAAGAUCCGAACAAAGUCAACAAACACACGCAGUUGAGACGAACUUCCUGAAACGCACGUAAUAAUAACAUAAAGAAAAGAAAGAAGAAAGAAAAUAGAUACAGGGGAUAUAGACUAGACAAUAGUCUAAAACCCUAUAAAAGAAGAAAGAAGAAGAAGAAGAAACGCACGCAAUACAAGGAAACUCUUCCAGACGUCCAUGCAACUUGAAGAGACAAUGGCGCAGAGAGAGAAGGUUCACAGCUUGCGAUUCAACCAAGACCAAGGGUGCUUCAUAUGCUGUAUGGACAAUGGUGUUCGUAUAUACAAUGUGGAGCCCCUUGCAGAAAAAUUACAUUUGAAAGAAAGUUUAGCCGGAAGUGUUGCACAUGGAGAAAUGUUGCACAGGACAAAUUUACUGGCAAUAGUAGGAGGAGGAGCAGUUCCUAAGUAUGCUGACAACACAGUCCUAAUCUAUGAUGACAGAACAUCAAGAUUCGUCCUUGAGUUUACCUUCUCUGCUCCAGUUCUGUCAGUUAGACUGCGUAAAGAUAGGCUAGUUGUUGUAUGCUGCCGUCAGAUUCAUGUCUUUUCAUUCCCUCAUUCCCCACGGAGACUUUUCACCUGCGAGACGCGUGACAAUCCCCUAGGUCUUUGUGAAGUGUCUCCUCUACCCUCUGCUGACAGACACAUUCUUUGUUUCCCAGCACAUAAAGUUGGAGCUGUCCAGUUAGUGGUGAGUUUGUUUGAAGCAAUUUUAUAUCAGGGG